GUGCGCUCUUCGCAUCUCAUCGUCUCGUUUCCUUCUCGGCAUCUCGCAAAGCAAGCAAAGCCAUGCGAGUCCUCGCCCCCUUCGCGCUCCUCGCGCUCGCCGCCGCUGCCCCCGUCCCCGUGCCGGACGACACGAUCUUCUCGCAUAACAACGCCGUGCGCUGCCGCACGGCGGCGACGCACGCCGCGCCCCCCGUCCGCCUGUACAAUGCCGGCGACUAUAUCGUGCUCACCUGCCAGACACUCAACGGGUACUGGCUCACGGCGGACGGGUGCUAUGUCGACAACCAGGCGCUGCACCCCGUCAACGCACAGUAUCAUCCCCACGGGCCGGGGGCGGGGCGCAAGCGCCGCAUUUGUCCAGAGACGCAGUAGGGAAGGGAGAAACCGGCCGAAUUAUGUAGCGUUGUACAUGGACACUCUCUUAGUUGUG